GUGCCGGCCCGGGAAAAGGGCCGGACGGUGGCCGAGAGGCGCGGAGGCGCAGUACGGUGGCCGACGAGGUCAGUCAUGGAUCACCUGGAGCGCGGCGCGUGGCUCCUGCGAGGGACGCUGGUGCGGACGGCGGUGCGGCGCUACCUGCCCUGGGCGCUGAUGGUUUCCAUGCUGGCGGGCUCCUGCGUCAAGGAGUUCUCCCCGUUGCCCGAGAGCUACCUGAGCAACAAGCGCAACCUGCUCAACGUGUAUUUUGUCAAAGUGGCCUGGGCCUGGACCUUCUGUCUCCUCCUGCCUUUCAUCGCCCUCACCAACUACUCCCUGACAGGCAGACCUGGCCUGGUCCUGCGGCGCCUGAGCACCCUGCUGGUGGGCACUGCCUUCUGGUACCUCUGCACCACGUUCUUCUCCAGCGUAGAACACUACACGGGCAGCUGCUACCAGUCUAUGGCACUGGAGAAGGUCCGGAAGGAGCACCGGGAUAAGCAGCAGUGUCUCCUAGCCGGUGGCUAUUGGCACGGCUUUGACAUCUCGGGCCAUUCCUUCUUGCUGACAUUCUGCACCCUCAUGAUUGUGGAGGAGAUGGCCGUGCUGCACGAGGUGAGGACGGACCGUAGCCACGGAACCCACACUGCUAUCACCACGCUGGUAGUGGCCCUGGGUAGCCUGACCUUCAUUUGGGUGUGGAUGUUCUUGUGCACGGCCGUGUAUUUCCACGACCUAUCUCAGAAAGUGUUUGGCACCCUCUUCGGUCUGCUGGGCUGGUACGGAAUGUACAGGUACUGGUACCUGAAGCCCCUGUCCCCGGGCCUGCCUCCUCAGAGCUCCAGCCUGAGUUUGAAGCAGGACACUUACAAGAAGUGAAAGAGCAGCACUUGUGUACAGUUGAUGGCAGGACCUGUGACUGAUAGAGUUUUUAUGCGUUUCCCCUAGUCUCGGAGCUAAUGCUCCCGCUUCGGAGAGGAAGCCUACCAGGUGGUGGUGAUGGUGGGACAGUGGGAAAGUCUGGGGAGCCCAUUUGGUUUCCAAACUGGUCUUGGUGCCAUCACUGCCAUUCCCAGGUAAACAUCAUUACUCCUCACCUGGUUCCUUUGUCUCUGGAGGCUGGAAGUAGGAAAGAAGCCUCCUGAGUAACUGGGGGGGAGCCAGGCCCUCAAGACUGGAUUUGCCACCUCCUCCUCUUCUGGUUCUAGUUUUCUAUUUUCUUGUGUGUUCAUGAUGUUAUUUAAUAAUAUUUCCCUUCGGUGAGUUUGCACAAGCAUUUAUUUUCUGCAGGAUUUUUUUCUCUUUCUUUUUCCUUUCUUUUCUUUAUCCUUCCUUAUUUUUCCAUCCUCCUUCCAUCCUUCCCUCCCUUCU